AUGCGUAACUGGCGCUUCUGGCAGGUUGUAUAUGAAGAUGUCACAAAACCAUUUAUAACACCCGAACAAUCAAUUGGCCAGCUGGAGCAAGGGCCCUUGUUCGUAACAAUCGACUCAGAUGGCAAACAAAUACCCAACGAAGAGCUGGAUCGUUUAAAGGUAAAACUGAGUGAAAAGGAGCACGAAUUGGCAAUUUCGAUUAUCGGAGGUCGUCGCCAACAGUAUCAUCUUGAUCAAUAUUAUCGCCUAGUUAAAGUGAUUGAUUCAACGGACGCUGUAUUCAUUGUAACGAGUAGCAGUUCCCGUCUUGAACAGGCGAUCACAAGAAUAUUUGCUCGAACAAGGGCAUUGCAGCAGAACAACGGAUCUGAAAACAAUGGACCUGAUCGUUUCAGAACCGAGUCACGAGAGGUAAGUGAACCUGACAAGUUGAACGGGUACCGCGGAAUGACGCAAGAUGUAGACGUGAAUUCACUGAACCCCUAUACAUUGUGA